AUGGUUCUUAUCGCUCAAUUGUGGUAUGGCAAAAGAAGCGACUGUAGAAAUGGUAUGCUUACGUCAUUGACGAAUCUUAAAUUCAAUCAUAAUUUCAUCUUAAGAAGUUAUGAUCUCUAUAGAUUAGAAAAAGGACCACCGCAAAAGGCAACAUUCAAUGAUGAGGAUGCCACUUAUAUUUUGAAAACGAUGCACUAUAUACGAAGAAUGGAAAAUAAAAUAGCUGAGAUGUACAGGUUGCGACUGAUCAAUGGAUUCUGUCAUUUAUACGCUGGCCAAGAAGCUGUUGCAAUAGGCUGCAAAAUGGCAUUAAAGGACAAUGAUACUCUAAUAACAGCUUAUCGCUGUCAUGCUUUCGCUCUGCUUUUCGGUGGAUCUGCUCGUACAAUUAUGGCAGAAUUAAUGGGACGAAAAACUGGUAUUUCCAAAGGCAAAGGUGGAUCUAUGCAUAUGUACGCACCAAAAUUUUAUGGAGGUGAAGGAAUCGUCGGUGGACAGAUACCAAUAGGUACAGGUCUUGCAUUUGCCCAUAAAUAUAACGGCAUUGACGGAGUAUCCAUUUCAUUAUACGGUGACGGUGCAGCCUCUCAAGGUCAGAUAUACGAGGCAUGGAAUAUGGCCAAAUUAUGGAAUCUCCCGGCCAUAUUUAUCUGUGAGAAUAAUCAAUAUGCCAUGGGUACACAACUCCAUCGUCAUUCAGCUAAUACAAAGUUCUACACUCGAGGUGAUUUAAUACCUGGUAUAAAGGUCGACGGAAUGAAAGUGAUUAACGUUCGAGAAGCUGUAGUAUUUGCCAGAGAUUAUGCAAUUCAUAAUGGUCCAAUCAUUUUAGAAGUAUCAACUUAUCGUUAUUAUGGACAUAGCAUGAGUGAUCCUGGUGUUGGAUAUCGUACCAGAGAUGAAAUUAAAUCCGUACAAAGUGAACAAGAUCCUAUCUUGCUUUUCACAAAACUUGUCGUUGAUAAUGGACUGAAAACUCAAAAUGAAGUUGAGGAAAUACGAAAAGAAAUGCAUAAGGAAGUUGACGCUGAGGCGGAAUUAGCAAAAGCCGAUCCAUGGCCAGAAUUGACUGAAAUUGCAAAGGAAGUGUAUUCUAAAACAUUGGAAAAAUUAAGGGGUAAAGCACCCUGGGAAACCUAUUGA